AUGGAUAAAGCUGAAAUUUUGAAGAGGCAAAUUUUGGGAGCUGACAAUUUGACGAUCAGAGAAGGUUUAUUUCUACCCAACGAGGAAGGGAAAUUUGCGAGACUUCCGUUCAAAGACUAUAAGUUGCUUCAAGAAGUUAUAGAAGAGUUGGAAUGGAAAGCCACCUACAGGGUUUAUUUUUCACUUCCACACCGAGUAAGUUUCAUAGAGGAUAAAGUAAUAGUAUUGGAAUAUGCUUAUCUCUUUGAUAUCAGAGAUGCAUUCAGGAUAGGUGAUUCUUCUAAUUCUUUUCCAAAAGGGUCCGAAAAUCCAGCUGACCAUUUUUUAAGGGAUAUCAUUCCUCGAUGGACAAGAAGGUUCAAAAAUGACUGGCUCGAUUCGAAAUUUUGCCAAUUAGAUAAAAAGCUAGGAAGUAUUUGGUCAGAGUUGGGUACGUAUACUGAGAACGAUGACAAAGAUACCACUACUGAAUUAUACAAAUUAUAUGAAAAAGUUUACGACUUACCAAGUAGGUUUCCUGGAGAAAUUGAAAUCACUAAGGGCUGUGAAAAGUUCACUGUAGCCGAAGAAUUUCAUACCGAGGUUAGCUCUAUAUUGGGAAGAUAUUUUGCUGCGUUAGGUUUGAAUGUCACGGCCAGCGGAACUCACUUCAGUUUAGGUGGGUCCCAUUUUAAAGAAAAACCAAGCGUUUUAUUCAGAGAGGGGGGAGAAAAUAUCCCCUUCUUCAUUGAGUUCAAACGAAAUGGAUUGAUCGAUUAUGUGGAUGAGAAUGGUCUAAAAGAUAAGAAGGAAAUUAACUCAAUUAUGAAACAAGUACUGAAGUACAUGUUAGCCACAGGGUCUGACUGUGGCAUUAUAACUGAUCUUGAGGUCUCAAUUUUGAUCCAACUUGACUUUGAAACCACUUCCGGAAGUACUGAAAAAAUAAUUCAAGAGGAUGGAAAAGCUACAACAGUUGCAAUUUUACCCUUUCAGUAUUAUGUUUUUCAUCCGAAUGAUACAAUUUACACCUUACAAGCAAUAAUAUGUUCGGUGGCUUACGAUCAGAAGCUUCGAGCUGAAGAUCCAAUUCAGAAGGAAAAUGUUGAACGGUUGAGGGCUUUGAUAGUUCAAGAGGAUUCUGAAUUACAAAUACCCAAAUGUGAUGGGAGAAGCAAAUUUAGGCGUGGAAGCGGAAUUCAAACCAGUCAUCUAACAAGUUCAUCUACGAUCUCACUUAACCCAUCAUCUUCCAUGGGUGAAAAGAAUAACAAUCCUCAAACCAAUGGACAAAAGAGCUGGAGUCAGUACAAGCAGCUGAAAUUCAUUUUGAAUGAGGGAGAUUUCGAAGUCCUUCAACCGGGAGGGUACUAUUUAAGUACAGUUUAUAAAUUGAACAGGGCUGCAAUAGAUAAGAACUUGUCACAUUUGAAUAUUCCCCAAUCAGUGUCACAUGUUAUUAUGAAAGUAUACGACUUGUAUAAAGCAAAUUUUUUCACUGAAUACAAUGAAUGGAAAAUCAAUUACAGUGGACUCAAAAUCUACAUGGGUGAAAAGUUUAGUACGGAAGUUGAAUGUAACAUACGUAUAAACACUUACAAUGAAUUUAGAAGUCAAGAGGAUUACCUCAGAGUUCCUAAAAUGUACGAAUUUGGAGGGGGGUUCGUUCGAGACGGUGAUAGAAUGCUUUCUUUUGGGUGGUAUUUGAUACUGGAGUUCAUUGAGAAGGACGAGGAUCAAAGAUUUAGUUUAGAAGAAGCGAAAAAGCAAGUAAACCUCCUAGGAAGCUUGGGGAUCCAACACAACGAUAUCUACCGGAGAAAUGUCCUUGUAUCUAAUGGGAAAUUCAAUCUCAUUGAUUUCUCAGAAGCCUCUUUCGAUGAAAUUGAUCUUCGUAGGGAUUUGAAUAACCUAGAGCACGUUUGGUCAAGGAACAUGGACCAAGCUCAGAGUGAGGAUGGACCAAGCUCAGAGUGA